AUGGGGCGACUUCUGGAUCUUCCAGACGAGCUGUUGUCCACCAUCAUCGACCACAUACAGGACGACACCACGGGCACCAUCACCACCACGCUGGAAACCUUGCCAUUCCAUCAGUGGGGGGAAUUGUAUGAGCGAGCGGUGGGGCAGAAACCAUCGCAACGGAUUAAAAACCUGCACUCUCUUCUAAUCACAUCUCGUCGCUUCAAUCGUCUUUUAAAGCCGAUAUUCCACCGUGAUAUCUGCGUGCACGACAGGUUCGGCGAUGAUCGGCUGGACCAGCUGCACCGGACUCUGGAGAAGGAUCCUGGUAUCGAGGAGCAUAUUCUCUCUGCGAUUGUUCCCUGUAACUACAUAUUCACUCUCAACGUCUAUCGAUUCUUUUGGUUCCCCAACAUCGAGACCCUCAGCAUUGUCAAGUUUAAAGAUUGGGAACCGCUGGAAUUCGAAAAUGAUUCCCAUGUUUGCACCUCCCCUGUCAAAGCCCUCAAUCUGAUUUCCUGCGGAGCGCACGAGAAGGCCUUGGCCGCUGUACUGAGUUGGCCAGCCGGCUUGGAAGUGCUCCACUACGAUGCCGAUCAAGGCGAAUGGGAAGGCCAUUUAGAGGAUGAGCCGGUGAAUAGCUGGACAUGCGCCGCUUUUGUACGAACCCUGCAGCCACAACAGGCCACCCUACGGGAAUUGACCCUCACACGGCCACCACUUGAACAUGAAGGAUUGUUCAAUGGACCGCGCAUUGACCUCAGUGAGUUCACGGCUCUGACCACUCUUCGCAUUUACCAUGUCUUUUUGUGUGGAUGGGAUGACCCGCGCUCGGCCUGGAGAGCGCUACCGCGCAGUCUAGAGGCGUUGGAGGUAUUUUAUGAUGAUACAGAGCUCACUCAGUUCUUGGAAGAGGGUGAAAGUGAAGCCUAUGAUCCUUUUUUCCUUGCCCUGGUCAGACAUAAGAAAACGCAUCUACCUCAUUUACUCACGGUGUCCAUCAACUCGCCAGAGGGGAUCUGGGAUGAUGAAAGAGACGGGUUUAAGCCCGGGGGUCCAUGGAUGCCGCCGCCAUCUCUGGCACACGAAUUUGAAACUGCAGGUGUCAAACUUGAUGUGUGGAUAGGACCAAUGGCUGGACCACAGUGGGAGAGAACAGACAUUUCUCUUGUUUUUGAGCGGCCGAGAAAGAGAUGCAGACUUCUUUGA